AUGUCCUCCGAUAUUCAACUGAAAGAUGCCAAGCAGGCUUUGGCUGAGGACAAGUUCGACGACUGCAUGUCCUGCAGAGUGACUGGGUCUGCUGCAUUCGUUGGCCUUGGUGUCUACAGCUACUAUACCGGAAUGGCCAACCUUCGAAAACAAGAAAAGGCCAUCAUGCAAGGCCCGACCAAAUACAAAAUGGGAUCACGCCAGCUGGGAAUCGCCACAAUAUCUGCGACAUUAGUGGGAAUGGGGCUGUGGCGGGCAUUCAAUUGA